CGUCAUUUGUGGCUACACGGUUGCUACAGUAACCUUAUUUUGAAUUCCAAUACGUCCAUUAGCAGCGGAGACAACACUUAAGAAAGCUUGAAAAAAAUGCAUAAACGUUGUCAAAGCGGAUAUUCAAGUCCUGUGAAAGUUGUUGGGGAAGGUUAAUACAAAAAUGUUUUUCUUAUUAGGCCAGAAAACGUACAAAGAAAGAGACACCGCCCAUACGAGCCGCAUGUGGAAUAAAAACAAGCGCCCCUCUGCCUCCUCCACGCUCCGCGGAAGGGACAUCAGCUCAUACAUCUUCUGCUCUCCGGCUAGGACGAAGGCGAAGCUACGACCCGCCUUCUGAAAACACAUUCUUCCACAGAGUGAGUGACUUUCAGCCCAGACAGCCCAGUGCGACCGAAUUCAUUUUAUUAGUGCCGCGACAAGGGGCCGAAACAAAGAUGGAGAGCUGCAGCUUCCAGAGCCAGCUGCUGUCCGUCAUGGAGGUGCUGGCCAAGGCGGCGGUGGAGGAGAUCAACCGGCGAGUGGAGGACAGCUGUGCGGUGCUCCGGCUGGAGGUGAGCCAGAGCCGGCGGGACAUCGAGCUGCUCAAGACCAAGUGCGAGGUGAUGGAGGCGGAGCUGCGGAGGAGCCGGCUGAGAGCCCGAAGGAAAGCAGGAGAGAGGUGUUCUCCUUUAGUCAAAGUAGUUCCCAACACAGAAAGUCAGAGGUCAGACUGGGACAGACACAUGGAUGCUGAGGCAACAAACCAACUCCAGCAGUGUGCAGACCUGGAGGCUGUUAAUGAAGCUGAUCGCAUACAGAUCAAAGAAGAGUGUGCAGAGGAGGACACAUGGAGGAGCGAGCCAGACCACAGACUGAUCUCUGGAGCUGAGCAGCUGCCAUGUUUUGAAGCCACACCACCUGCCCGAACUGACAGCUUUGCAGAGCGUUACCACUCUUCUGAAAACCCAGCCAACCCUGAAUCUCUGGUUCCCCCAACAGACAGCUACAACACUUUCCCAGAGCAGCAGCUCAACAGAAACCAGGAUGAGGCAGAGCUUGUGGUGAAACACGAGAAAGAGGAAGAGCCCAAGGAGAACGCCGCUCCGCUCGAUUCAACCUCCACAUUUGCGACAGAGGAAGCAGAUGCUCAGCUGUGGCCGACAAAUCUGUGCAGAGACGCUGCUGAUCCAGGCGUCUCAUUCGCCAGGCAGCAGUUUGAGCAGAUUCCUGCUGUGUUUGCAUCUCAAACAAGCUUACAUUUGGAAGAUAUGGCGCCCAGAAUUCCCUCGGUGGACAAAACACACUCUGUGGUGGUGGUGAGCGCAGCUCGGGUGAAAAGACGAGCCAAAAGCUUUGGGUUUAAAAGGCCGCAACCGGAUGAAGGACACAGUGCUUUGUCUCAGAUUAAUUCCUUGGACUCAAGUUUGAUUCAGCAGCAUCAGUAUAGAGAUGCAGCACCUCUCAUAAGGAACCCAAACGAGGAUCUGAUGUCGCCGAACUCGACUGCCUCUCUGAGCCGUGGCAGCUUCGGCCUCGUGAGGAGGAUGAGGGUGCCCUGGAGGUCCGGCCUCUGCGAGAAAAGGUUCAGCUGCUCAUACUGCGAUAAAAGCUUCACCCGGUUCAGUCAACUAAAAGAGCACCUGAGGAGUCACACGGGCGAGAAGCCAUUCAGCUGCAUGCAAUGCGGCCGCAGCUUCACCAAGCAGUGUAACCUGAUCAGGCACGCCGUGGUCCACAGCGGGGAGAAACCCCAUGAGUGCACGCUGUGUGGGAAGUGCUUCACCCAGAGAUCCAGCCUCAAGUCCCACCAAAAAACAGCUCACUGAGGUCACAGGGGUUUAUUUUCUACAUCUGCAUCCUGUGUGUAAUGACUUCAACGAUGACACACUUUUUUCUGAAGAGUUUAACUGGAGAAUGGCAAAAUUUUGAUAAAAUCAUUUUAUCUGUUUUAUUGUUGUGUUGCAUUAGAUUAAUAUAUAUCAGACAAGUAUUAAGCUUAACCCUCUGAACCCCAAAACCUGCUGAUGGGUCUGAAAGGCUUGUUGUCUUUAUAAAAUCCCCAUAAUAACACUAUUUAACAGCCACAAACUGUAAAAACAGAGAGAAUUGUCAGAUUUUCAACUUUCUUAACUACUCUUCUGUGAUGUUGUUACAUUAUGAUAUUUCAUCAAAAUCGCUUCAAUUCUAGAUGUCUCCGUUUCCUUUAAGCAGAUUCUCUAAAAAAGAAAAAUCUUGCACUCCUUGUCAGAACUGUGAAGCCUUCAGUGGCUCAGCUGCAACUAACAGUCAGAGGACGAAAAUGUAGGGAUUUGUAAGUUGAACUGCAGGCUGUGUUUACAAGUAUGGAAAAAAACUAAAAAUGUAAAUGUAAUAUAUCUGCAGUAUAGAAAAUCACCAUUUUUUUCCAGUAUUGGUAAUGCUUGUAGAAACUUGAAAAAAUGCCAUAUAUGUAUUUUUUUUGUAAAAUAUAUAAUCAAAGAUGUUUAACUUCCAUCUUUUCUUUUUUUAUUAUUUGUUGCGUUAUAACUGUCAUGAUGCACACAAGACAUUUUUGAGCUCUCUUUUCUUGUAACCAUGGAUGUGCUGUUUCCAAAGAGGUGCAGAUCUUAAUAUAGCAGUAAAACAAAUAAACCCAGUGAGUAAAAUAAUGUCACAGGAGUAAAAAAGAAACACCUAGAAACUAUUUGGGGUUCUGAGGGUUAACAUUAUGAAACAAUAUCGAAUGGACAACUGUGAAAUUGUAAUACCAAAUUAAGCUUAAUCUAAGAGAGCCUUUUCAACUGCUAAUCAUAACACACUACAAAUACACAUCAAUUAUAUACUUCAAGUUUUUGCUCGACUUUUUCAAAUGACUACUGAAGAGUUCUUUGAACGUGCAGAUCUUUUCCUGUCGUUACUGGCAGCCGUGAGCUUCCUUUCUUUUUUGUACGGUAUGAUGAUCCCUUAACUGACUCACAGCACUGACUUCUCCAGUGUAAUCCAUCGGUCUUAUUACCAAAUCUACAUUUUCCAACAGUAAAUAACUCCAUGGCUGCCUGAAAGUGGAGAGAAUUAAUCAUUAAAAAUUCUGAAACAUGACAAAAAAAUACAAAUCAACAGGUAUGACCGUUUAAAAAUGUUUUUAAAGGCUUCUGUAAAAUGACAAAACCGUUUCUAGGGGAGUUUAACCACUUAUUAAUGUGUUUUGUAAUUCACUCAACAUAUCGUGUAUAAAGGUUUUAUUGUCAAAUUGUAUUAGAACAAUAUUGUGAUAUUUGAUUUUGUCAUUAUUGAUUGUCGAUAAAAAAUUGUAUUUAUUUAUUUAUGGAGGACUUUUUAUGCCAUUAUUACAGAGAGAUAGAAAAAACAAACAAGUUUCUGACUGAUUAUAACGCACAGCUGGUGUCUCAACACAUCUGGCUGCACUGUGGGAUGUUUUGAGUCGUGAGAGAAUUUUUUUUUAUUAAAAUUGGCAUGAAAGUAGGUUGAAAGUUUAUCAGACAACCUGUGAUUCCCACCAUCAGGUCACAUAUGUAGGACAGACAUGUAGGACGAUAUAAGCCCUCCAGCAAGGAGAGAAAACACCCUAAUGAGAGGCUGCUGGUGUCAUUUUCCUCCCUUUGUUCUUUGAUCUCCUGUCUGCUCAUCCUCAUUCCUCAUUCAAUAUUAGUUUCUUUUAUUACAUGCAGCUUCAGUUGCGAUUAUUUAAUUUACUGCUGCUAAUUUUGUGGAGCCUAAAUCAAACCGAGACAAGAAAAUAAAACUGCUCUGCAUUUUAA